GGAAGUAACGUAAUGAGUCAGAAUUGUCUGUGAGAGAGCAACUUGUGUCAAUGAUGUUCCUGCAGCUCAGACACUGUGCAUUCUAGGUCAGUGGACUGCAUUUGGACACAACCUCCUGCCUCAAGUCUCUGAGGAAGUGAGUGAUGCAUGUGUUCCAGUGGAUGCCUGAAACCACAUGCUGCACAUCCACUUUAACAUCUAUACUUCAUGUUGUGAUAUUGUACAGCCAACAAGAGGCUUGAAAUACGUUCAAGUUGAGGCAAGAGCUCUUAAUACUUAGUAGCCACAAGACCCCUGUCAGAAUGGCCACCAAAGAAUGGCCAGUUUAUGAAGAAGAUUUUGCGUAUGACGCCGACAUAGAAGAUUUUGAGUAUGAUGACAACUUGUGGGUCUCAGAGCUUCUGCUGGAUAAUCUGGAUCACAAACAACUGCUGAGUUUCCCUGAUGAGGAAAGGAAAUACAUGGAGAUGUUGGAGAAUACAACUGAACUUGAGAGGGAGGAACAUGCUAGAGAAGAUAUCAUCAAGUUUCUGACAGAAUUUCCUGCCCAGAGAGAAGAGAUAGAAAGGUGCAUCCAAUGCCUUCACAAAAUGGCAGACAGCAUCGAUGAGACCCAUAAGAAGUGUACCAUAGCCAGCAUUGCUGCCAACUCUACAAGCGCCUCCUCUGGCAUCUUGACCAUUCUGGGGCUGACCUUGGCCCCUUUCACAGCAGGUGGGAGUCUGGUACUGACAGCCACUGGGAUAGGCCUUGGGACAGUGGCAGGAGCUGCUGCCCUUUCUGCUACCAUAUAUGAAAGUGUUAAUAAUUCAAAGGAACAGAAAAAAGCACAAGAGCUGACGAACAACUGCAGGAGAAGCCUAAGAAUGGAGAUGUCCCCUGACGAAACAGAUUUCAGCUUUGAAUCGCCCCCAAAUGAGAAUGAUGUGGGAGAAGGCAUAAAAAACCUUAUUUCUACAGUUGCUAUUCAAGCUCCAAGAGUGUACAAGAAUGUGAAGGGAAUCAAGACGAAUGUGCAAGCACUGAAGUAUGCUCGAGCUAAUCCUGCCAUGAAAGCUUUGGCAAAGCGAGCUGCUGCUGCAGGAAGCACAUCCCAGGGGACAAUCCGGGGCAUCCAGAAAGUCAGAAAGGCCUUUGCAGGAACCACCCUUGCCAUGUCCAAAGGAGCCAGGCUGCUGGGCGCUGCUUCAGCUGGGGUGUUUCUCCUCUUCGAUGCCUAUAGCAUUGCUCAAGAUGCUAAACAUCUGACAGAGGGAGCUGAGGCAGAAACGGCCACUGAGAUCAGAGCCAAAGCAAGCAAGCUGGAGGAGCAAUUGUGGAACCUCAACAGGCUUUAUGAGGAGCUGAAAGGCACCGUGUAAAUGAAAGAGGCCAAAGAACCCCCCAUAUAUGCAGCAUCAGUCGUGCAAUUUUCUAUCAUUUAUUUUUGUCCACAGUCAAUAUGAAGAAUAUUUGUUUUUUAUUUGAAAUGAUCUAAGGGCCACUUCACACGUUUUGUGCAAAAAACACAAGUUGAUUUGAUGAUUCACCGCAUAUUCCCCUGUGCAUACAUGCUCUGGGGAAGAUACCUUUGCCAGUGUCUUCUGAGCAUGUAUAUAUUCUGCAUGCACAUAAUCUACAUGAAGGUUGAUGCCAUUUUCUGCACGGAGAUGCUUUGUGGGUAGGAAAUGCAUAAUGUGAGAAAUGGACCUGGGAUUGCCAGUUACACCUACAGCUCUGGUCCUGCAAACUGAGAGACAACUCAGUAACAGCAAUGUUGUUUCUGAAACUAUGCAAAACCUAAAACAGCAUUAGAUGUUUUGUUAAUAAUUAUAUUUUAUUUUAUUUUACUGACCAUAUGCCAUUUUGAUUCUUAUGAGAAAUUUAAAAAGAGAGAGAUUAAUUUUGAUAGGUCGCAGGCAAAUCCUGUUCUAUGCUAAAUUGUGCCAGUUCAAUUGACAAAGCUGUUAAUCGAUGAUCGGUCUGUUCUUGGCUUACCACCAGCUGACUUGAGUUGGUCUCCCACUGAAUUUCUGGAAGGCAGUUUAUUCUAAUAUGUAUACAAAUGGCAAUGAGAUAUUUUUUGGGCAAUCCAGAUGACAUCAAAGGAUAUUGCAGUAUUUCUUGGAGACAUCUGCUGGCCAUUUGCUGACAACUGGUGAAAAAUCCAUUGAAAACCCAUCCCUUUUAAAUAUUACUUUAAUUUAAAACAGGCAGGUUUUCAAUGGCUUUUUCACAGAUUGUCAACAAAUAGCCAGCAGAUAGCACAACAUCCUUUGACAUCAUCUGGAUCCAACAGAAAAUUUCUCAUAUAAUAAUCUGUUUUCAUAUUAGAAUAAAUUGUUGUCUGAAAUCCCUCCAGUUCUCAAGGAGAGAAUCACCAAGGAGCAUCUCAGUAACCCUGCUCUGGGGUUGCAGUGAUCAAACAGUCCUUGGAUUGGGGUGUGGGGAAGCAGCAGGUCUCCCCUGUUCUAUGCCCUCUAUCCUCUACACCACACAUGGAGACUAAGAGUUCUGUGCAUGCAUUCAGGGGUCCUUGAAUAAACAAAUUCCCCAGUGACAUGUAUAGUUUGUAUGCUCAUGAGCUCUUUAAUAGAUCAUGCCCUUAAUUUAGGGGCCAAAGCUGCACGGAUUGCUGUGACUGUUUAAGAGUUUUCUGUUAAGGGUCACUGAACUGGAACUAUUGGAUACAUGUAGCCUUAGCAUUAAAAACCUGAUAUUCUUCAAAUAAAAUGCAAUCAAAGUCAGAUGAACUGCUGAAAUACUUACACUUGCACAUAAAAUUUCUAAUGAUGUUCAAAAGCAAGACAUUUUUUUAAAAAAGCUUUUCAUGUAAUAAAGGUUUUAGAAACUGGCAUUAAAAGGUUCAAACAUU